GAGCGUGUCGUGCAUGCACUGGGCAAGACCUGGCACGUAGAACAUUUUGUCUGUGCUCGAUGCGAAAAACCAUUCCUGGGCUCUCGUCACUAUGAGAAGAAGGGUCUAGCGUACUGCGAGUUGCACUACCAGCAACUGUUUGGCAUGCUCUGCUACUCCUGCAACCAGGUUAUUCCAGGCGAGACCGUCUAUGCCAUGAACAAGGCCUGGUGUGUGGAUCACUUUGGCUGUGUAGUCUGUGACCGCCAAAUCAGCCCGAAGACAAAGUUCUACGAAUUCGACCUACGCCCAGUCUGCAAAUCCUGCUACGAAAUGUUUCCGAUUGAACUUCGGAAAAGAAUAGCCAAAAUGCAUAAAAUGGAGUGA